AUGCCUUCGUUUUCCGUCGCCACCACUUCUUGUAUGGGGAAACUACCUGUUACCCAUAUCGCGGCCAGUUUGGCAUCAUCGGUCGCCCAAUUAAUGCCAUUCGCAGAUAUUUUGUUUGCCGUUAACUGUCUGAGCCGGUUUAACAAGAAUCCCGGACCCAAACAUUGGAUGGCGGUGAAGCAUGUCAUGCGUUAUCUCCGAGGUACAUCGAAGCAUGGAUUGAAGUACAUGCGCAAAGCUGAUAUCAACAUCCUUGGCUACUGUGACGCUGACUGGGGAUCCGAUCCGGAUGAGCGCAAGUCUACCAGCGGGAAGCAGACGACAGUGGCCUUAUCAACGUGCGAGGCCGAAUAUAUGGCGUUAUCGGCUGCGGUACAGGAAGCAAGUUGGUGGCAUGGAAUUACGGCGAUGUUUGGUCAGCAGACACCGAUCGAGAUACGGUGCGACAAUCAAAGUUGUCUCGCGAUUGCUAAAAAUGGAAGCUACAAUCCGAGAACGAAACAUAUCGACAUUCGGAAUCAUUAUGUCCGCGAUGUUGUCGAGAGAGGCGUCGUUGACCUAAUCUACGUGGGAAUGGAGGAGCAGAUGGCCGACGGGUUAACCAAACCUCUACAAUCAACGAAAUUUGAAAUCAACCGAAGCAGUAUGGGCAUUACUACGUCUUCAGGAGGAGUGUUGAAAUGA